AUGGCCGACGCAGUUACGUUCGAGAAAACUUUAGUAAAGAGUUUAUGGGAAGCUGUAAAAACCAAUUCACAGGAAUGCCUCAAGGCUGGAGGUGUUGCAACAGGGUCAAUCGGUCCCAUAAAAUUUUAUGCAUUAACAGAUCCUGAAGAUUUUAUGACUGUUGCGAACUCGUGUUUGGAAAAAGGAUUAUUAUAUAAUUUUCUUAAACCGUGGCUUGGGGAGGGCUUGUUGACCGCACCGCUAGCAAAAUGGAAAACCCACCGAAAGUUACUAAAUACAGCAUUUAACCAGCAAGUUUUAGAUGGAUUUUUAGACGUUUUCAAUAUCCAAUCGAGGCGUUUACUUGAACAAUUCGCUGUGGAAGAGAUGCUUAUUUUUGUUUUAGUGACAGCAACAGGUAUAGAUUUAAGAGCCGACCAAACACUCAACGAAAAGUUUGUGACCCUAACGGAUAGAGUUUUUAGAAGUGUGAUUCACAGAAUCCAAAAUAUAUGGCAUUACAUAGAUUUUAUUUGGAAAAUGAGCAGUGCAAAAAAGCAACAAGAUAAAGAUAUCGAGUUCUUACACGAUGUGACAAACAUGAUUGUAAAGCAACGUAAGAAAACGUAUCUUCCGACUUCGACUAAGACCACAGGUAAAAAUCUUAAGUCAAUUAGCGAUGUGUUAUUCGAUCUGGAAGGUUCGAAUGGCGAAAGCGCUCUCUCAAAUCAGGACGUAAAAGAUCACGUUCUUAACUUGAUUGUGGCCGGUUAUGACACAGUUGGAACAAAUCUUGUAAUUACACUUCUCUUAAUCGGCUCGUAUAAGGAAGUUCAAGAUAAAAUCUACAAUGAGCUUCAACAAGUAUUUGGCCAGUCCGACAGGGAUGUUGAAAAACAAGACUUACCACGUCUUACAUAUUUGGAGGCAGUUAUAAAGGAAUCUUUGAGGUUGUACCCAAUUACUCCUGUUAUAAUCCGACUUAUCGACAAGGAUUUAAAACUAAAAAAUUGUACUUUAUAUUCUGGAAAAAAUUGUUUGUUAUCCAUAUAUGGUGUACACCGACAUCCUGUGUGGGGUGAAGAUGCGAAUGAUUUUAAGCCGGAGAGGUGGCUGAACCCGGCAACCUUGCCAAAUAAUUCAAAUUCUUUUUUAGCUUUUAGCCUGGGAAGAAAAAAUUGUAUAGGUAAAGCUUAUGCGAUGAUGUGGUUGAAGACAAUUAUUUCACAUUUUUCGCGUAAAUAUCUAGUUACUGGGGAUCACAAAAAAACUUUAUUUAAGUGCGAUGCGCUGCUUAAACCUCAUUCGGGUCAUUUCAUCGCUAUUAAGAAAAGAAAUAAACCUGGAAUUUGA